AUGCAGAGGCUGAUGAGGCUCCAAGUCCUCUGGGGCAUCCGCAAAUCCUACCAUGGCUUUCACCCUGCCCCUUGGUACCUUUGUUGCCGGUCUUUAUCAGGAGCUGGAACCCUGAGAUGGAAUGACUACGAUAGACCUAAGGAAUUUAACUUUGCAAGUGAUGUCCUGGACUAUUGGACUCAAAUGGAGCAGGAGGGUAAGAGAGAUCCAAAACCAGCCCUGUGGUGGGUGAAUAAUCAAGGUGAUGAAGUGAAGUGGAGUUUCAGAGAGAUGACAGACUUAUCCCGCCGUGCAGCCAACGUCUUCACCCAGACCUGCGGCCUGCAGCAGGGAGACCGUCUAGCCUUGAUCCUGCCUCGAGUGCCCGAGUGGUGGCUGGUGGUCAUAGGCUGCAUCCGAGCAGGAAUAAUCUUCAUGCCAGGAACCACCCAGAUGAAAGCCAAGGACAUUCUCUACCGAUUACAAGUGUCUAAAGCCCAGGGCAUCAUGACCACAGAUACCCUUGCCCCCGAGGUGGAUUCCCUAGUUUCUGAGUGUCCUGCUCUGAAAACAAAGCUCCUGGUGUCUGACCAUAGCCGUCACGGGUGGCUGGACUUCCGAACGCUGAUUAAAUCAGCAUCCCCAGAUCACGCCUGUAUUAAGUCAAAGACGCUGGACCCAAUGGCCAUCUUCUUCACCAGUGGGACAACAGGCCUUCCCAAGAUGGCGAAACACAGCCAUGGACUUGCCUUGCGAUCCUCUCUGCCUUCAUGCAGGAAAUUUCUACAACUGAAGACAUCUGAUGUCUUGUGGUGCAUUUCGGACCCAGGCUGGAUUCUGGCUGUCUUGGGGUGCCUGUUUGAACCAUGGACAUCAGGGUCUACACUCUUCAUCCAUCAUCUGCCCCAGUUUGACCCCAAGGUCAUUCAACAGACAUUGUUCAAAUACCCCAUCACCCGGUGCCUUGCUGCGCCAGCUGUGUAUCGAAUGAUUCUACAGCAGAUUUCUACCAGUCUCAGGUUCCCUGCCCUGGAGGACUGCAUUACUGGUGGGGAGGCUCUGCUGCCAGAGGAACAAGAGGAGUGGAGAAGACGGACAGGCGUUCUGCUCUACGAGGUCUAUGGACAGUCAGAAACAGGAAUAAGUUGUGGCACUUUACGGGGAAUGAAGAUCAAGCCAGGUUCCAUGGGGAUAAGUAUCCCCCCCUUCGACAUCCAGAUCAUUGAUGAGAAGGGCAACAUCCUGCCGCUCAACACUGAAGGCAACAUUGGCAUCAGGAUCAAGCCAACCAAGCCCCUGGGCCUCUUCAUGUGCUAUGAGGACAACCCAGUAAAGACUGCAGAAGUGGAGUGUGGGGACUUUUACAACACUGGGGAUAGAGCAACUAUGGAUGAAGAGGGCUACAUAUGGUUCCUUGGGAGGAAUGAUGACAUCAUCAAUUCCUCUGGGUACAGAAUCGGGCCAGCAGAGGUGGAGAAUGCCCUGGCCGAACAUCCAGCAGUGGCUGAAUCAGCUGUGGUGAGCAGCCCAGACCCAAUUCGAAAGGAGGUGGUGAAGGCAUUUAUUGUCCUGACCCCGGAAUUCCUCUCCCGUGACCAGGACCAGCUCACCCAGGAGCUGCAGCAGCAUGUGAAGUCAAUGACAGCCCCAUAUAAGUACCCGAGGAAGGUGGAAUUUGUCCCAGAGCUGCCCAAAACCAUCACUGGCAAGAUUAAGAGAAGUGAACUUCGGAAAAAGGAGUUUGGUCAGAUGUAA